AUGACCCGGCACACGGAGACGCACCAGGAGCCCGGGGAUGCCCCGCACCGCCGUGGGCCCCACUGUCCCUGCGCGGGCUCACAACCGCAUCCCAGUGACACCCCGCGAAACAGCGAGGCUCGGCACGGGCAGGAGGGGGUCCAGGGGAGCACACCCCUCACAGCCCUCACAGCGCCGCAGAACCACGCUCACGAUGCGCAGGAGCCGCGGCAGCCCACGCCCUGGGCGCACAGACUCCCAGCGCACACUGCGCCACAGCUGACCUUGCGCCAGCUCACAGAGCUCACGCGGGCACCGUGGCACACUCGGGGGACCCACGCUCCCACGCCCCACGCGAGCCUCUGCGAAAGGCCACAGAACUGCUGUGCUGACAGGCAGCCUGGGCACAGGCUGCACGAGGCGCGGCCUUCAGAACCAGGCCAGGGACAGCGGCCCACGCCUCUCACGCCUCUCGCACUGCACUGUCAACUGCCUGUUCCCAUCCCUCCUGCCGUCCCUUGUUGCCAUGGUGACGGGGAGGCCGACUCUGCAGCAGAGGAGGUUGGGCCUGCAGAUCAGGCUUGUCGCCAUGGAGAUGAGGAAAGGAGGAGGAGCCCCACCUUUCCGCUCAGAAACCUUCGGAGCGCGGAGGAGGCGGACACGGGGCACCCACCCUUCUCCCUGCCCACCCGGCCCUCCGCCCCUGCCCCCGGGAGGGACACCACGCGGGGGCUCCGGGGUCUGACACACGGCCGCUGACGCCCACCCCCAGAAAUGAAGCCAGGCGUUCCCAGUUUUGGGGUUUUGUUCUUUUUUUAUUCCAACAGGGGCUGAGAUGUGACAGGGGUGUGGGGGCCCCGGCAGACGCUCUCCCUGGGGGCGUCUCAUAGAAAUUCUGAGGUUUCUCCCCCCAAAAAAGAGAGAAAGAGAAGAGAGGAGGGGCACCAGGGCCGCCGCACGUGCAGAGCCCUCCCCGCCUCCUGCAGUGUGCAGCCGCGUCACGCCUGGGUGUCCGGCGGCCCGGGCCGGGGUCCUCCCGUGGGCCGCGGUCCAAGUCCGGGAGAGGCCCCGUCCGGCCCUGAGUCCGAGGGCUCUGCGCUCCUCCCGCCCGCGGCGGGGCGGCAGGGGGCGCCCGACCCCGUCGCUCGAGUCCGCUGGGGGCGCAGCUGGCUCCGGAGCCGGGCUCGGCCCCGCGGGGACCGGAGGCCGCGGGCCCGCAGUGGGCCGGGGCGCGCGCCCGGCU